AUGGUAAAAAGGAAAUGGGAGCGCAUCGCGCAGAACAUGCUAACGGACAAUUAUAAGGUGUUGGUGACAGCGUCCAUGCACGAUGCGGUGGAUGAUAUUGUCGAGCGCUUCAUCAAGCUCAACGAGGCUAAGGAGCUACUCCCUCCAGAUCGCAUGAUCCGUGUCGCUACAGAUUACUCCAAGGCGGUGACCCCAACGCGAACCCGAGGCUACGUACUGGAGCAAGCCAAGAAGCGCGUGAAGGAGUCUGUCGUGGUCUUCACGACACAGGACAACGAUCCGCAGGCGCUGGACUGGGUACGCUCCGAUCCGUCGACUUCGACAUCGCCCCUCGUGGAUAAGGCAUCGCAAGGUCACGGAACCAACCACGCUGAUCCCGUUGGUAAAGGGGCUGUCGCAGAGCCGUCCUCCGUCCAGCUGCAGCCCACGAUCGGUCUAGCCUCGCUGAGCUUUCAGGACCGUGACUUCAUAGUGGAUGAAUCAGAGACGAUCAACGGCUUCCAGGGCCACGAGAGCGGACGAGCGAUACGAUGGUGUUCAGCACCGUGCGCGCGGAACCCGCACGGCGAGCCCGGGUUCGUGGAGGACGAGAGCGCGCCGGUUAGAAACGUCACGUGGGACGCGGGCGCCGGCGCGCGCUGA